AUGGUGGAUGGAUGGAUCAAAACAUACAAGGUGAUUAGUGAUAGCACAGCCAACGUUAUGCUCAUACAUGGAGAAAUUCACACUAUGAUCUUUUUGAGAAUGUUCCCUCGUGUUUCAGAAUUUGAGAACAUACCCAUCAAGACCAAGAGCAAAGUCUGGAUUAUGACAGCCCAGAUGGAAUUCACAUCCAUUCCCUUUCUCAAAGACUUUGAGGUUGAUGUUAUCCAUGGUGCACUGUUGGUCGCCCUUCAUUCAACUGAUGUGACGGGAUUUCAAACAUUUCUUAAAAGGAGAAAUCCAAAUGAGGAAAAUGGAGAUGGGUUCAUCAAGGACUUUUGGCGACAGGUCUUCAACUGUCACUUCUCUUCUUCAAGAGAGCACAAGUUCGACAGAAAUGUCUGCACUGGGACAGAGAAGGUGGAGACAUUGCCUGGGUCAGUUUUUGAAACCACUAUGACUAGUCACAGCUACGGCGUCUACAUUGCAGUAUACACCAUGGCUCAUGUUUUGCAAUCCAUGGAUUCAUCCCAGUUCAACUCCAGAAUGACAGCAGAGAUAAAAAGAAGGAAUUCCAUCAGUAAAGAACCGUGGCAGCUCCACCAUUAUUUAAGAAGUCUCUCAUUUAACAACAGCCUUGAGGAAACUGUUUCUUUCGAUGAAAAUGGGGAACUGAAAGCUAGGUUUGAUAUUAUCAAUUUGGUGACGUUCCCAAAUCAGACUUUUCUUCGGGUCAAGGAACCACCCUCUUCCUUGUGUAAUGACAUUUGUCAUUUGGGUCACAGGCGGAUAAUAAUGGAAGGCAAUCCUUUCUGCUGUUAUGAUUGCCUUCCCUGCCCAAUUGGGGAGAUCUCAAGCCAGAUGGACAUGGAUUCCUGCACUCCAUGUCCAGAAGAUCAUUAUCCAAACAAAGGUCAGGAUCACUGCAUCCCCAAAGAUGUCAGUUUUCUGAGCUAUGGAGAACCUUUGGGGAUCAGCCUGACAACUCUUGCUGUCUUAUUUUCUUGCACAACGGCUUUAGUGCUUUGGAUCUUCCUUAAGUACAAGGAAACUCCCAUCGUCAAAGCCAACAAUCGGAAUCUCACCUAUGUCCUGAUCAUUUCCCUCCUGCUCUCUUUUCUUUGCCCUUUGCUUUUCAUUGGUCAGCCAGAGCAGGUGAGGUGCCUGCUUCGCCAAACAACUUUUGGUGUUAUCUUUUCAGUGGCGGUUUCUUGCAUUUUGGCCAAAACUCUCAUUGUAGUUCUAGCCUUUAUGGCCACCAGGCCAGGUUCUAGGGUCAGGAAGUGGGUGGGGAAACCACUGGCUCAGUCCAUUGUCUUCUCUUGUUCUCUUACUCAAGUCACCAUUUGUACAAUAUGGCUGGCAACUUUUCCUCCAUUCCCUGAUGUUGACAUGCACUCCCUGGCUGAAGAAAUUGUAUUGGAAUGCAAUGAGGGCUCAACUAUCAUGUUCUACUGCAUCCUGGGUGUCAUGGGCUUCUUGGCCAUGAUUAGCUUCACUAUGGCUUUCCUAGGAAGAAAGUUACCAGAUAAUUUCAAUGAAGCCAAGUUCAUCACCUUCAGCAUGAUGGUCUUCUGCAGUGUGUGGCUCUCCUUUGUUCCAACCUACCUCAGCACCAAGGGGAAGCAUGUGGUAGCUGUGGAGGUCUUCUCCAUCUUGGCUUCUAGUGCUGGUUUACUAGGCUGCAUUUUCCCUCCCAAAUGUUAUAUCAUUUUGAUCAGGCCUGAGCUGAAUGACAGGCAGUACCUGAUGAGAAGGAAAUAA